CGCAUUUUCUGGACCCUGUCUUCGUGAUUUCUUCGUAGCCGAAGCUGACCCUUCUCCUCUUUAAGUUUUCUGUUUCUCUUUUCUUCUUUCCUCUCUUUCUUUGGGAAUUGGGGAGAGGAUGGAGGCCGAGAAGAAAUCUUCGGCGGUAUCUGACGUCGGUGCUUGGGCGAUGAACGUGAUCAGCUCCGUCGGCAUUAUCAUGGCCAACAAGCAGCUCAUGUCCCCCAACGGUUACAGUUUCACCUUUGCCACAACCUUAACUGGGUUCCACUUUGCUGUUACCGCACUGGUUGGUUUGGUCUCAAAUGCUACUGGUUAUUCCAUCUCAAAGCAUGUACCUUUGUGGGAGCUUCUUUGGUUCUCAGUUGUUGCCAAUAUGUCAAUCACAGGGAUGAACCUAAGUCUUAUGCUAAACUCUGUGGGAUUUUAUCAGAUUUCAAAGCUGAGCAUGAUUCCUGUGGUUUGUGUAAUGGAGUGGAUUCUUCAUAGCAAACACUACUCAAAGGAAGUGAAGAUGGCAGUGGCAGUGGUGGUGGUUGGUGUAGGUGUCUGCACUGUAACGGAUGUAAAAGUUAAUGCUAAAGGUUUCCUGUGUGCCUGUAUAGCUGUCAUUUCUACAUCCUUGCAGCAAAUUUCAAUUGGUUCCUUACAGAAGAAAUACUCAAUUGGAUCUUUUGAGUUGUUGAGCAAGACAGCUCCCAUACAAGCCCUUUCUCUUCUUGUGCUUGGUCCUUUCAUUGAUUACUAUCUUAAUGGGCGCUUCAUAUCAAACUAUAAGUUGUCUUCUGGUGCAAUUUUCUUCAUACUACUCUCAUGCUCCCUAGCAGUAUUCUGCAAUGUGAGCCAGUACCUCUGCAUUGGACGCUUCUCAGCUGUCUCUUUCCAGGUGUUAGGUCACAUGAAAACUGUUUGCGUCCUUACGUUGGGAUGGCUGCUCUUUGACUCUGAACUGACAUUUAAGAACAUUCUUGGUAUGGCUCUUGCGGUCCUGGGGAUGGUAAUAUAUAGUUGGGCAGUGGAGAUUGAGAAGCAGGCUAAUGCCAAGUUAGUACCUUACAUGAAAGAGAGUCUGACAGAAGAGGAUAUUAGGCUGUUGAAAGAUGGAGUCGAGAGUACUCCUGUGAAGGAUAUUGAGUUUGGUGAAUCUAAAGUUUAGGUUGGUGAUCCUCUUGGAACGGAAGUAACAUUCUGCUUUGACUUCACCGUCUAUGGCCCUUGAGCUUCAUUUAAUCGUACAGCAACACAAGAUGUAGAGGCAUCCGGAUGGAUGGGAGAUAAUCCCAUGACACCUUCAAGCAACAACCAUUUCUAUUGUAGAUGUGUCGCAGUUGUC